AUGGACGAGCAAGUAGACAGAUUAGUCAAGAAGACAUGGGCCAAGUUUCAGGAAGUGCCCAGAUCCAAGCGACUGAUGAUUGCCGUAUCUGGCAUCCCAGGUUCGGGCAAAACAACUCUCGCGUCCGUCGUAGCAAGCCGAUUGAACGAUCUUCACCACGAAGAAUUCCCUGCAUUGGCGCAAAACGAUGAACCCGCAGCUUUCGUCCCGAUGGACGGCUAUCACUUGUCGCGAGCCCAGCUAGACGCCAUGCCCGAUCCCAACACUGCUCAUGCGAGACGCGGCGCUGCAUUUACCUUUGAUGCUCGGUCUUUCUUGGACUUGGUCAAGAAGCUCCGCCAGCCAAUCUCGCCAGAGACAAAAACACUGUAUGCUCCAUCUUUUGACCACGCCCAGAAAGACCCCGUCAACGACGACAUUCCCAUCCACCCAGAAGCUCGGAUCUUGAUCUUCGAGGGCAACUAUUUGAGUCUGGGCACGGGUGCACCAGAGUGGAAGGAGGCAGCGGAGCUCAUGGAUGAGCUGUGGUUCGUCGAGGUCGAGGAAGACGUUGCGAGAGAGCGAUUGGUGGCGCGUCACAUCAAGGCCGGCAUUGCCAAAGACGAGGAGGAAGCGCGUAAGAGAGCCGACGAGAACGAUUUGGUCAAUGGCCGCGAGAUUGUAGAACACAGAUUGAGCGUGCACGAAGUCAUCAAGUCAAAGCACGACGGCAGCUGGAGGCCAGAGAAUCAAGGCAUGGAUGCUGCCGACGUGAGCAGAGAGGCAUAG